CAAACGCAGCCAAAACAUCAUUAGACAACAGAGAUCAGGCUCCUCUUAUAAAAAAAAACAAAAAAAAAACACCUUUAAUUUCAAUUCUAACAAAAUCGUAACAACAUUUGUUAAAUAUGGUGAAAUCGAACGUGGAAAAAACUGCUGCGGAAAGAAGUGAUUCUUCGUUAUUCAGAGGAAUAAGGAAGAGGAAGUGGGGAAAAUGGGUGUCGGAAAUCAGACUACCAAACAGCCGCCAAAGAAUAUGGUUAGGUUCCUAUGACACUGCUGAAAAGGCGGCGCGUGCAUUUGACGCGGCAACGUUAUGCUUACGUGGCAGUGGUGCUAAGUUUAAUUUCCCUAAUAACCCACCGGAUAUUCCCGGAGCAAGGUCCAUGACCCAUUCUGAGAUUCAAGCUGCCGCAGCCCGUUUUGCCAAUUUGGAUAUCCAUAAUGAGAAACUGUGUCGACCCGAUAACGAAAUUAUUGAAACACUGUCUUCUUCGGAGGUGACGGUAUCGUUGCCGUCUCCGGCACUCUCUGACACGACGGUUCAGGCGGAGAGUGACAUUACCGAUAACGGGUUGUUUAGGGACCUGUUUUCAGAAACCGGGUCAGGUUACUCAAUGUUUCCGGGUUUUGAUGAUUUUAGUGGUGAAUUUUAUGUGCCUGAGAUGACAAAUUUUGAUUAUGAAGAAGAGAACAUGGAUGGGGUGAUAGUUUUGGAUACCUUCUUAUGGGAUUUCUAAGUAAUUCCAUACCAUUCCUGGGUAGUUUUAGUAAACCCGAAUGAAUGAAAUGAACCCGGAUACACAAUUCGGGUUUAGAUAGUCAAUUAUUUUGGACUGUGUCCUAUGCUAAUUCUAAUUGUUUACACAGAGAUUAAGGUUUCAAUUUUGUUGGAUAUAUGAAUCAUGAAACAAUGUAAAGAAUUUUUGCCCAUAUUGAAGACACUAAUAAUUUAUUUGUUUAUGAAUUUU